AUGACGCAAACAUGCAAGCAAGUACUGGUCAUUGGAUCAGUAAACGCGGAUAUUGUUGUAGAGAUCAAUCGCCUGCCUCUUCGUGGUGAGACGUUAUCCGCUUCCAAGACAGAUACAGGCAAGUUCUUUCCAGGUGGUAAAGGAAGCAAUCAAGCAGCUGCGGCUGGUAAACUCAUUGGGAUUAAACAUCCAACACUAUCGAUUCAAUUUGCCGGUCAACUUGGUAAUGACACGUACGGUCAUGCGCUUAUCAAUGCGUUGCAGAGUGUUGGUGUAGAUACACAUCUCUCUGGUCGUCCCGACUGUCCCUCAGGCCAAGCGUUUGUGUUUGUGUACCCGGACGGUGACAACUCGAUUAUUAUUGUAGGCGGUGCUAAUCACGCAUGGCCAGAGGAGCUUCCGGUUGCUUUAAUCAAUGCUAUCAAUUCAGCUGCAAUUGUAUUGCUCCAGUGCGAGAUUCCUCAAAGGAUAAACGCGCUUGUGGCCAAGAUUGCUGCUGAAAAUAACGUUCCUGUCAUGUGGGAUACCGGUGGUGACGAUACUUCUGUUUCAGCCGAGUUUCUGCGGCUACUUGCAUACGUGUGUCCCAAUGAGACAGAGCUGGAACGUUUGACCAAGCGCAAGGUGACAAACACCGAUGAAGCUGUCGCUGCGGCGAGGUUGUUGCAAGAUCAAGGCGCCAGGAAUGUGCUGGUCACGCUCGGAUCACUUGGAUCUGUGUUCAUCCCUGUGGAUGGUGCACUGGUGUACCAGAAAUGUUUCAAGGUCGAAAAGGUGGUGGACACGACGGGCGCUGGAGAUUGCUACCGUGGCGCUUUUGCCGUUGCGUUUACUGAGGGUCGGGAUGUACAAGACUGCAUGGCUCGUGCUGCUGCGGCCAGUGCUCUGUGCGUGCAGCGUCCUGGAGCAUUGUCGAGCCUCCCAUCCGGCGAUGAGGUUGCAGCAUUUCUCGAAUCGAACGGCUUGUAG